AUGGCGGACAUCGAGAAUGGCGCUCCGAGUGAGCCGGAGCAGAUGCCUGCAGCGGCGUCCCAGGGAGACGACAACAACAACAAUGCUGAAGCAGGAACGGAAGCCGACUCAACCCAAGCUCUAAAGGCGGACAAACCCGAGCUUCCAGGACAGACCGGAUGGCAGAAGAUUCAAAUUGGUGAUUCGCCGAACAGCGACAACGCCGACGAUUCUACUGCAACGGCAGAUGCGCCACCCUCAGAAUUGACGGAGCAGGUCUCGGGCUCCCACGAGGGUACGGCCGAGAAUGAAGAAUCAGCAAAGACACCAGAGCUGGAAUCUGGCCCUGAAAAUGGGGUGGUGGAGAACAAUGCUGGAGAAGAGACCGCUGGAGAGGGGAAAGAAACACAAGGCGAAUCGGUACCUGCGCAGGAUGAGCUGGCUCCGGACGCGAGACUGCGUUCGGAUUCCCGUUCAACCACGGCGACAUUUGCGACGACACGCUCGGUUCCCCUGAGCUCGACUGUUUUUAUUGUCACGGCGUUGGACACCAUUGGCGCAUCAAAAGAAGCUCGCAGAAACCGGGAGUUGGAGGAGGCUGUCAAGAAGGCACUGGCCAAUAUCAAACAACCAGACCGCCAUGGGAUUGACCCGGAAGUGAUCUUUCGCCCUCUGCAGCUGGCAACCAAGACCUUCAGCAUUCCUUUGCAAGUGACGGCCUUGGAUUGUAUUGGAAAACUGAUCACAUAUUCCUACUUCGCUUUCCCGUCAAAUCAGCCAGCGGGAACCUCGGGGGAUGAAGCUGCCCAUGAACAGCCGCCGCUGAUUGAGCGCGCCAUAGAUUCAAUCUGUGAUUGCUUUGAGAAUGAGGCGACUCCGAUCGAGAUCCAACAGCAAAUCAUCAAGUCGCUCCUGGCCGCCGUUCUCAAUGACAAGAUUGUUGUCCAUGGUGCGGGUCUCUUGAAAGCGGUCCGCCAAAUUUACAACAUCUUUAUUUAUUCCAAGUCCAGUCAAAACCAACAAAUUGCGCAAGGAUCACUGACUCAGAUGGUCGGUACCGUGUUCGAUCGGGUCCGCACCCGGAUUGAUCUCAAAGACAUGCGGCUGCGGGAUGGUGAAAAGUUACAGGGUAGUGCCUCGGAUACUGCGACUCUGGAUGCAGUUGAUACAUCACAACCGACUGACCAGGACGAGAUGUCUGAGGUGGCUUCUCUCACGCCAACUGAUCAACCGGUGGCAACAGAACCCACCGAAAAGCUGACCUUGCAGAGCUUUGAGUCUUCCAAAGAUGACGCUGCGUUAAACGACAAUGCGCCGACCAUGGUCACUCGUGCUAAACUCGGCCAGUCAUCGUCGCCAUCUACCACAGGAGGCGCUGAGGACAAGGAAGAUGCAGAUGCUGCAGCGGAUGACGAGGUUGAUGAGAUCUAUGUUAAGGAUGCGUUUUUGGUCUUCCGGGCCCUGUGCAAACUGAGCCACAAAAUUCUCAGCCACGACCAGCAGCAGGACAUAAAAUCUCAAAAUAUGAGGUCGAAAUUGUUAUCUUUGCACCUUGUCCAUCAUCUCAUCAACAACUACGUUGCCGUUCUCACCUCGCCCUUGGCCACGAUCAGAAACAGCUCCAGCAAUUCAGAUGCCAUUACCCUCCUCCAGGCAGUGCGGCCUCAUCUAUGCCUGAGUCUCAGCCGUAAUGGCUCGAGCUCUGUGCCGAAGGUUUUCGAGGUCUGCUGUGAGAUCUUCUGGUUGAUGCUGAAGCAUAUGAGAGUCAUGAUGAAGAAGGAACUUGAGGUUUUCAUGAAGGAGAUCUAUCUAGCAGUUCUCGAGAAGCGAAAUGCUCCCGCUUUCCAAAAAAUAUACUUCAUGGAGGUCCUUGAAAGACUGUCUGAGGAUCCACGCGCUUUAGUGGAGCUUUACCUCAACUAUGACUGCGACCGCACAGCCCUGGAGAACAUCUUUCAGCACAUCAUUGAACAAUUAUCACGUUAUUCAAGUGUUCCAGUCAACGUGACUCUCCUCCAGCAGCAGCAAUACCAGGAGAGCCAAACCAAGGCAUCAACCAGUGGAACAGAAUGGCAUCAGCGUGGCACUUUACCUCCAUCCCUAUGUACUGCCAACCUUACCACUACCCCUACUUUGAAUGUGUCAAAUGUUCCUACAGAGUACACGCUGAAACAUCACGCCCUCGAGUGUUUGGUGGGUCUGCUGCACUCCAUGGAUAACUGGGCCUCGCAGCGCUUAGUCGAUCAGUCCAUCUCUAUUCCGAACAUCUCUGUUCAACAAUCCAUGGAGUAUAAUCGGGAGUCUCUUGAAACAACCGCUGCCUCUGCUGCGAUCUCUCCUCGGAUAGAUAGUACAGAAAAUAGUGGCACGGGCGUUUCUACCCCGAUAGCGGAAGACGACCCAAGCCAAAUAGAGAGAGUCAAACAGAGAAAAACCGCACUUAUGAAUGCAAUUCAACAGUUCAACUUCAAAGCCAAGCGUGGGAUCAAAAUCUUCCUACAAGAAGGGUUUAUUCGAUCCAAUUCACCUGAAGACAUCGCUCUCUUCCUGCUCCGAAACGAUCGCCUGGAUAAAGCGACUAUUGGUGAAUACCUCGGUGAAGGCGAACCUGAGAAUAUUGCAAUCAUGCAUGCUUUUGUUGACCAGAUGGACUUCUCUAAACGGCGGUUCGUUGAUGCUCUUCGCCAAUUCCUACAGCAUUUCCGUCUUCCCGGCGAAGCCCAGAAGAUUGACCGUUUCAUGCUCAAAUUUGCGGAGCGAUACGUGACACAGAACCCCAAUGCGUUUGCCAAUGCUGAUACAGCGUAUGUUCUCGCAUACUCUGUCAUCAUGUUAAACACAGAUCAGCACAGCGUUAAAAUGAAAGGUCGCCGCAUGAGGAAGGAAGAUUUCAUCAAAAACAACAGAGGAAUCAAUGAUAAUCAGGAUCUGCCUGAUGAGUAUCUCGGCUCCAUUUUUGAUGAGAUCGCAAAUAAUGAAAUUGUACUGGAUACCGAGCGCGAAAAUGCGGCAAAUCUUGGGAUUCAGACCUCUGCGCCUGCCGGUCUAGCAUCCCGGGCCGGACAAGUUUUCGCAACAGUUGGCAGAGAUGUGCAAGGCGAAAAGUACGCUCAGGCUUCCGAAGAAAUGGCAAACAAAACCGAGCAGCUGUACCGAAGCUUGAUCCGGGCACAGAGGAGGACAGCCGUCAAGGAAGCGUUGUCCCGCUUCAUACCGGCAACCUCAGCACGGCAUGUGGGCUCUAUGUUCAAUGUCACUUGGAUGUCCUUCCUCUCUGGCUUGUCCGCUCCGGUGCAGGACACACAAAACCUUGAGACCAUCAAACUCUGCAUGGACGGCAUCAAAAUGGCCAUACGCAUUAGUUGUGCAUUUGACCUUGAGACUCCUCGGGUUGCCUUUGUGACCGCCCUGGCAAAGUUUACAAACCUUGGGAACAUCAGAGAGAUGAUGCCCAAAAACGUCGAGGCAUUGAAGGCACUGCUGGAUGUCGCUCUCACAGAAGGCAACCACCUCAAAUCCUCCUGGAGAGAAGUCCUCACAUGUGUCAGCCAACUUGACCGGCUUCAGCUCUUGACCGAUGGCGUUGAUGAGGGCGCAUUACCCGAUGUUUCACGACCUCGAAUUUCACCACAGGGAACCUCCGAUUCCUCUCGUAGGUCUAUCCAAGCAUCAAGACGCCCUCGGCCACGGUCAAUUGGUGGUCCUGCAGCCUUCCGCACAGAGGCUGCGAUGGAAAGUAGAUCGGCGGAAAUGAUUCGUGGAGUGGAUCGCAUAUUCACUAAUACUGCGAAUCUCUCCCACGAGGCAAUCAUCGAUUUUGUCCGGGCCCUGAGCGAGGUUAGCUGGCAAGAAAUUCAAUCUUCAGGACAAAGCGAAUCUCCCCGAACAUACAGUCUCCAGAAGCUUGUGGAAAUCAGCUACUACAACAUGACUCGAGUGAGGAUAGAAUGGUCGAAGAUCUGGGAAGUCCUUGGACAACAUUUCAACCAAGUUGGGUGUGAUUCGAACACCAAUGUCGUAUUCUUUGCAUUGGACUCGCUUCGCCAGCUUUCGAUGCGGUUUUUAGAGAUUGGAGAGCUUCCCGGUUUCAAAUUCCAAAAGGAUUUCCUGAAGCCGUUCGAGCAUGUCAUGGCAAACAGCACCACGGCCACAGUGAAGGAUAUGAUCUUGCGAUGUCUCAUCCAGAUGAUCCAGGCUCGUGGUGAGAAUAUUCGGUCCGGUUGGAAAACGAUGUUCGGUGUCUUCACCAUCGCUGCCCGAGAACCCUAUGGUAAGUCUCUUGGCCUGUCCCCAUUUCCCCCCUUCCCAGACGCUAAGCAACUCACAGAGGGCAUUGUCAAUAUGGCUCUGGAACAUGUGACACAAAUUUACAAUACUCGCUUUGGCGUCAUCAUCAGAGAAGGGGCUUUCCCUGACCUCAUCGUCUGCCUAACCGAGUUCUGCAAGAAUCUUAGAUUCCAGAAGAAAUCAUUGCAGGCUAUCGAGACACUAAAGUCAACGGUUAACAAGAUGCUGAAAACCCCUGAAUGCCCAUUAUCCCAUCGCAACGCCCCCCCGGGAACCUUUCAGGAGGACACAGGUUCGAACCUCUCGAAGCAGCUUAGUCGACAAUCUCAGGAGGAGCAAUUCUGGUAUCCGGUUUUGAUUGCCUUCCAGGAUGUGCUGAUGACCGGGGAUGAUCUUGAGGUUCGCUCGCGUGCACUCACAUACCUUUUCGAUACAUUGAUUCGCUAUGGCGGAGACUUUCCCCGGGAAUUCUGGGACGUUCUCUGGCGGCAACUGCUAUAUCCAAUUUUCGUCGUGCUCCAGUCCAAGUCGGAGAUGUCGAAAGUGCCAAACCAUGAGGAGCUAUCGGUAUGGCUGUCCACAACAAUGAUCCAGGCAUUGAGGAACAUGAUUACGCUCUUUACCCAUUACUUUGAUGCUCUAGAGUACAUGCUCGGGCGCUUCCUCGAACUUCUUACUCUUUGUAUCUGCCAGGAGAACGAUACGAUCGCUCGAAUCGGCAGCAACUGCCUCCAGCAGUUGAUUCUCCAAAACGUCACAAAGUUCAAGCAGGAGCAUUGGACUAAGAUCGUUGGCGCUUUCGUGGAACUCUUUGCCAAGACCACUGCGUAUGAGCUGUUCACAGCUGCCGCAUCGAUACCUUCCAAGGCUGUCGACCCAGCCAAGCAUGUAAACGGAGAGACAACCUCCCACGAUGAUUCUUCGGCCGAGACAGCCGAAACCACUGUCACAGGAGAAGGCCUGCAACCUCCCCCUACUACGCUGGAGACGAACGGCACCCAAAUUGCUGCCACGCCAGAUCAUGAAGAAGGUGACAUGCCGGCAGCCCCCUUGGAGUCUUCUCAGUCCGCUGCGGAAUUGGAGGAUUAUCGACCCCAAGAGGAUCUUCAACAGCAGCAACCCGCUGCGGUCACCAUGGCUCGGCGCCGGUUCUUCAACCGAAUUAUUACCAAUUGUGUUCUGCAACUACUGAUGAUCGAGACGGUUCAUGAACUCUUCUCGAAUGACAACGUUUAUGCGGAGAUCCCUAGUAAUGAGCUGCUAAGGCUCAUGAGUCUCUUGAAAAAGAGUUAUCAGUUUGCAAAGAAAUUCAACGAGGACAAGGAUCUUCGAAUGCAGCUUUGGCGGCAGGGCUUUAUGAAGCAACCACCCAAUCUACUCAAGCAAGAGAGUGGGAGCGCCGCCACUUACGUCCGUAUUCUUUUCCGUAUGUACCAUGAUGGACGAGAAGAGAGAAAGAGCAGCCGUGCGGAGACGGAGGCUGCGCUGAUUCCCCUUUGCGUGGAUAUUAUUCGGAGCUUUGUCCUUCUGGAUGAAGAAACGCAACACCGGAACAUGGUGGCCUGGAGGCCUGUUGUCGUGGAUGUUCUUGAAGGGUACACCGCUUUCCCUCACGAAGGCUUUGAGAAACAUAUCGAGACCUUCUACCCGCUUGGUGUCGACCUUCUGGGUCGUGAUCUCAACCCAGAGAUCCGCGCUGCUCUGCAGACCUUGUUCCGCCGCAUCGGCGAGGCGAAAUUGGGGAUGCCGUCUACCCCGUUGCCAGAAGGCCCCGUCAGCCCUCGGAGUUCAUUCUCUCAGCCCAGCACAUCCUCACGUAGAUACAGCCGUGGCCGUUGA